AUGGACGAGUCUAUGCACACAGACCCUGAACUGCAGGUUUUGACAGAAAGGUGUCGGACUUACCAAGGAACAGCCAAGAUUAACAUCAGCCAGAUUACCCCCCAUCCAUCCAUCUCGCAACAUAUGAACACAAAAAAUGUAGAAAGACUCUGUGAGAUAUUUGACAAAGAAGGCUGUCGAAGACUCGAUAUCUACAACCACGUGAGCGCUGUUGUGUCACGGCAGCAUCUCCAUGAGGCUCUUCAAGCAGGACGAGUAAACGCCGCUGACAUGAUGACUGAUCAACCGAGCCAGUACCCACGCCUCCAUUUCUCCACUGGUUCCAUACAGUGCCUUCAUGGCCAACAUCGAUUAAAGGCUGGAGAACACUAUUUACCAUCGAUCGACCAAUGGUGGACUGUUGACUUGUAUUUGGAUGACAUUAGUCCCGAUCUUCAAACAAGCCUUAUCGAUGAAUAUUCCAACGAGAGAGUUCCAAGCGAUGGUGAGAUUUACCUAAAAGUUCGACAAUAUCGAAAUGAAGCAAAUGCACACUUCGAGAAUCGAUGGUUGGCGCGGCUGUCAGACAACAAAGCCAGGCGGCUUCGCGGACUAGAGUCUCAUCCGAGCGUCCGAGCUGCUUUUGACUCGUUACUCGUCUUGCCCUCCUUGUUGAUACAUGGAAUGCAAAUCGGAUCUCUUCCGCAGGCUCUGGCUAUUUGCUGCGAUGAGGAGAUAGUUCACGCGCUAACUAGGCUACUACAAUAUUGGUCUUCACUCGUGGGACACGAUCGUGCUAGGAUGUUCAAAAUUGACCUUCAUACAGUGGAAAUAUUGCAACUUCUGGCCCCUGGAGUCUCCUCGAAGGAUAGAACCACCGUGAAAGGCCUUGUACACAGUGGUGAAGUCUUUUCAAACUUCACAGAAUCCGAACGGGGCUCGAUUUGGAAGCGAUUAAAGAGGACAGAGGGAAUAAUACCAUCUCUGUAUACGUUCUUCAAAGAUCUCUGGUACCUAGAAUCGUGCGCGAACUGCAUCAAACGACUUUUCACACCUUCCAGAUCUUUCCCAACGAUUAGAACCGCCAUGCGUGCGGCCUUCUUGUCUUUUGAUCCAACAAAUGCGCAGUUCUUGAUACAAACUUCCGAAGCCGGGUUUCGGUCUUACUCGCACUCCCAGGUAGACCCAGCGGAACUUGGAUAUCGUCAAAUAUGGCUCUAUGCUAUGCGUCACUACCCAAAAUUAUCCAAAAAGCCACAGAAGAAAGAUUCUACGGCGAAGCCUAAUCGUGACGUGGUGGAUCCUAUGAUACUGUACGAGAUGGCUGUACUCGCAAAGAGACUUGGGUUUCAGUCGCCACAAAUUGAGGAGCUCAUCCAGCAGUCGCCAGAUCGGCAAAUUGCGCAAGAUGCUCUUUUGAGAGCCCGUCGACCAGAUCGUUAUCGGUACAAUAGGGAAGAAAUUGAGUCUCUGAUCAACAAAGUCACUGAGUGCUUCUUGAGGGCCGUCCUUCUUGACGAUAAGCUUCCAGUACAAUUCGUUCGUGGAAGGGAAUCCAAGAAAGAAUCUCGAUGUGGGCAUCCGCAAACCGAAGCCCAAUUGCAAGAUUGUCAAUUCCUUUUCAUCGACCAACUCCAUGACGAUACUCUCCAAAGGGAACGAAAAGCUACUUCCACUUUGGUGAGGAGGAGUGUCUACUUUACCUUCUUCAGCAAGCUGUCAAUGCCCCGUGAAAAUAACGACACAGCGGGUAGAUCUUCAACUCCAGACUUGCCAAUGUCCCCGCUUUUUAUUCUGAGCAAUUGUUCGCCGCAAGGUGAAGGAGAACAGUUUGGGUCUGCGGGUACAGGAGCCGGGCAGGAUAGCAACUUAGAGCGGCGACGCUUGAAAGAUGCCCGCCGAGAAAGACGUCAGCAGAAGCAAGCGAAGAAGCUACAUAGGCAACAGCGCCGACAGCAGCGAAGGCACCGAUCCUCACGUGACGACCGUCAUCCUACGCCUUAUUCCAGGAACUCAACAUCAUCUCCUGGGUAUGGCGACAAAAUCGCGCGCAUUGAUUCGGAAGACAGCCGGAUAGGAGAUAUAGUGGAGCCAGCAUCCGGAACAGCACUUGGAUUCGUUGGAAGUAGCGAGCUUAUUGAAGGGGAUCAUGGUUUCAGCAACUAUGAAGGAUCAGAACACAGUCACGAUAGAUUUGGAUUUGCCCCCUCGAGACCUCCCUUGGCGCCGCCUUCUAUUGGGUCAAGGUAUAUCUCUACAGAAUUACAAGAACUUCCAGAAUCAACGGUCUCGCACGGCCAAAUUUCCUUGAUGCAACCCCUACAGUCACCAGGAGAGUUUCGUUUGACAUCUAUGACCUCUUUACCACCACACCCAGAUAUGGAAUCGCAUGAGAUGCAACAACACCUCCUCGCCCCUGGAUUUGAAGGUCACGACUCUAUGGCACCAACGGGCAAGGAAAACAAGAUCCUCGGUCUUGCUGAUGUCGAGGACGAGCAGCCACGAGGAGGGAGUGAGGAAAACAUAUCUGGGCGAGAAUCUUUGAAGGAUGUCAAUAUGGAAGCGCACGCAAGCGAACAAGAGAAUGAAGCGGCAGAAACAGCAGCGCAGCUUUCUUCAUCGGAAGAAGUUGAAAGAGCACUGGCAAUUUUAGAAGGACGUGGGGCACCGGAGAUUAUAUCGGGCCCCUCUAGGACUGUGGUCACCAAAAGUGCGGCGCUGCGAGAGAGCGCGAAAUUCGAACCAUACGACCGCACGCAACGGCGCCAACAAACCCGCAAGAUAUCCAUUCCACCACAGGAAACUCUGGAGCAGGAUAUAAACGCACUGCUACGAACGGCUGAUCAAGCACAGACAGCAAGACCUGGUACUCAAAUUGAUUUCCUCAAAGCACAGUAUCAUCCUUUGUUGGAGAUGAAUGGAGAGCAAAGUUCGUGGCCCGUGGCUAGUCAAGUUGGCCUGACUCAGAACCAGCAACAAAUACCGGACGAAAGAUCAGACUCAGUCGAGUUCGAACCGCAGCCAGAAAUUUCAAGCCCGAUCAACCAAAACUCAGAACCCCAUGGAAGGAUGAAUAUUCGGUCGGAACAGGAAGAACAGUUGUCGGAGUCUGUACUGCUAGACGCUUCGCCGCAGGUUCAUGCCAUAGCCGUUGCUACGCAGAAGGACACUCUGGUAAAGCCACCCUCUUCGUCACUACCACGAGAGUCUUCCGCGCAGACCGAUACGCGCACACGAGUGGAAACAUUUAGGUCAGACAAGCUGCCCGAGGAACAAGACGAAUCUCCUGAGCGAGGAGAAGGAGCGAGCGAUGCAGCCAAGCAUUCUGUAACAAUCACGUUCCGUGCACGUGAUGAACACGGCGAUUGGAAUCGCUUGGUCCGCCAAAUGGUGGUCGAUCCAUCUGACCCCUCUCCUGUUGGGCGAAUGGCGUCCAAAAAUGCGCGAGAACGUCAGGCAACGUUUUAUGACCAGAAUCUACGGCAGGUCCCACCGGGGCAGUGCUUUGAUGCGGCUAUCGAGGAUGGCACGAACACAAUAUUCAUGACAUUCGGCGACGAUCUGGUUGUGAGUGAAGAGACGGUGAAUUCGAUCGCACGAGUACUUGAAGCCGGUAGUGAUGAUGAUCGGCCGACAAAGCGCCGGCAGUAG